UUACAGGCUGCAGUUGAAAAUAUGCUUAUUCAAGGAAGGACCAAGCUUGUUGAAAAGUAUGGUGGUGAAAGAUACAAAUUACUUGCUCGUGAUGGAAAUGAAAUUGAUACAGUAGUAGUUGAUAGAAGAGGAAAAGAUUAUUCUGAUGGAGACAUGUUGGUUAUAUGUUGUGAAGGAAAUGCUGGAUUUUAUGAAUAUGGAAUUACAGGUACACCAUUAGAAGCUGGUUUUUCUGUCCUAGGAUGGAAUCAUCCUGGAUUUGCAGGCAGUACUGGUAUUCCUUUUCCUGAAAAUGAAGCCAAUGCUAUUGAUGUUGUAAUGCAAUUUUCUAUUAAUAAGUUGGGUUUCAAACCUGAAAAUAUAGUUAUAUAUGCGUGGUCUAUUGGAGGUUAUGCUGCAACUUGGGGAGCAAUGAAUUAUCCAGACAUAAGAGGAUUAAUUUUGGAUGCUACUUUUGAUGAUUUACUACCGCUAGCUAUUUCAAGAAUGCCUCCUAGUUGGAAACCAUUAGUUGUAAGAACAAUAAGAGAUUACAUGAAUCUCAACAAUGGAGAACAGUUGUGCAAAUAUUCAGGUCCUGUUCUUUUAGUAAGAAGAUCUCAAGAUGAAAUGAUUUCUACUAAGGACACAAUGCCCUUGCAAACAAACAGGGGAAAUAAUUUGUUGAUAAAAUUGUUACAGUGUCGGUAUCCAAAAUUAGUAACUGAUGAAACAGCCUGGGUCCUAACAGAUUGGUUGGCUGGUGAUUCCGCACAUCAAACUGAACUCUGGAAUCAACAAGGUGUUGAAGAAGAUUUGUGCCUUGCUACUUUAAAAUCAUAUGCCGAAGAAAACUACCCAUUUUUCCCGAUGCAUAUAGGAGAAGGAAUGCCUUUAUCAACUAAAAUACAAUUAAUUUUAUUCUUGGCUCAGAAACAUAUGAUAGACUUUGACUCUACUCAUUGCCCUCCUCUACCUCCCGAAUUAUUUCAGUUACCUUGGAAAUUGGAUUACGACAAAAAUAAUCCCUCGCACGACAAUAUAUACAUAGUGAACAAGUUAUAAAAAUGAAAAUUAUGUAAAGAAAAAAGGAUUGCUUCUAGUGUGAAAAUGCAUUGGGAUCUCAAUUAUCAUGAAAUUUUGUGGACCAGCCAUUACAAUCAUAUUUAUUUGUUUUUAAAUAUUAAAAAAAAAACUGCUUUAAUACAGUUUUAUGUACAGCAAAAUGUUGUUUUCUUUCCUACGUAAACAAACAUCUACAAAAAAAAUUACAUUGCUUGUCAGAUUUAAUUAGCAAAGCAUCAAUGUCAUGGAAAAAAAUUUGUCAUAAAUAUCUAAACUUUCUCUGUAUUUUAUUUCCAAAUUUAAACUAAAAGUGCCUUCUCCAUUUCAAAUUAUGUAAUUUAUCUUGAAAAGACGACGUCUAUAAAUAAAAGAAGAUAUAACGACUUAGUUAUUUAACCCCAUAUUGUAUAUACCGUCAUUUUAUUGAUGUGCAACUUAAAAUCCAUUUUUAAAUUAUUUUUGUUAAAUGUACAAUUUUAUUGUUUUUUUAAUAUAAUUUUAACACAAUUUGGGAACAAACUAUAAUGGACUUAUGUUGAAAAUGAGCUGUUAUUUGCAAAUUAUAAGUAGAGUUGUGUGUUUAUUUCUGCAUGUCAUAAAAUUAAAAUUACUGCCAAAAGAAACA